AUGACAGACGCACAAUUUGGCCUAGUGUCCUCGAGCUACACUCUAGGCGGACUCAUGGGUGCUCUCGCGGCUGGACCUCUUUCCACCAAGUAUGGAAGGUUACUUGUUCUUCGCGUGUUGACAGUGUUUUUCAUCUCUGGACCCGUUGCUGAAACUCUUGCUUCUAACAUUCCAUUAUUUGUGGCCGGGAGACUGAUAUCCGGUAUUGGCGCUGGUGCUUCCCUCGUGGUUGUGCCGAUCUAUAUUUCCGAAAUCUCUCCAUCAAAUAGCAGAGGAUUGUUCGGAGCCUUCACUCAGGUAAUGGCCAAUGUUGGAAUAUUAAUGACACAGGGACUGGGAUACUUUCUCAGCAAAGGCAGCAUGUGGCGUAUUAUUCUUGCAGUAUCAGGCGUCAUAGGUGUAUUUCAGCUCGUCGGCCUUGUAUUCGUUGUUGAAAGCCCUAUCUGGCUUGCAGAUAACCAGCAACUAGGUCAAGCUAAAAAAGCUCUCCAGAGAAUACGCGGUCCAACUGCAGAUAUCAGCCAAGAAACCAAGACCUGGGCCGCCAGCACGCCUUCUAGUCGAAGUGAUGCCAUGGUUUCUGAAGCAGAAGAAGAGGAGUCCCUCCUUGCAACUUCACAGAGCACCAUGCCCGCCGCCAAAGUACCAGUGACCAUGUUUGGCGCGAUAUCAAACCCAACGUACAGGCCUGCAAUAAUAUCUGUCAUUGCGGUCAUGCUCACACAACAAUUCACUGGCAUCAACAGUAUAAUCAUGUACAGCGUUUCGAUUCUCUCCACCAUUUUACCCACAACUGCGGCUCUUCUAACGGUGUUGGUGUCGUGUCUCAACCUUAUAAUGACCAUCGUCUGCGCACCACUAUCCGAUAAACUUGGGCGCAAAACAUGUAUUUUGCUCAGCAUAGCCGGAAUGGGUAGUAUGUCCAUGCUCCUUGCUAUCGGAAUGGCAUCUAGCCUCAAGAUCCUUUCCGCAGUGGCCACUCUCUUGUUUGUAGGGAGUUUUGCGUUUGGCCUUGGCCCAGUUCCCUUCAUACUAGCCUCAGAGUUGGUUGGACCUGAAGCAGUUGGAGCAACACAAAGCUGGGCAUUGGCGACAAGCUGGAUAGCUACGUUUAUCAUAGCCCAAUUCUUCCCGGCUCUUAAUGAUUAUAUGGGGGCUAAGGGGGAGAUUUACUGGCUUUUCACGGCUAUGGCAGUGAUACUCGGAUCGUUCAUUGGUUGGUGGGUUCCUGAGACAAAAGGGAAGAGCAACAUGGAUGAAGUUUGGCAGCGUACUGUCGGAGCAGAUGAUUGA